GGCGGCAUUUUUAUCAAGAACGUCAACAAGAAGUAGCCACCAGUUACGGUGUAAAACUUUUUUUGAUGUUUAGGAAGUUUUAGAUAUGAAUAUAUCAUUAUUAAUGCAAGAACUGUGUUGUUUUUGACCAGUUGGAUUUUAUUAGCGUAAUUGUUUUUAUUUAAUUGUAUCUUGAGCUUUUGCUCGGAAUGGAUGCAGCGUGGAUUCAUCGUUUGUUUACAUCAUGAAUCAUGAGAUCAGCUGACUAAUGUUAGCUAGCCAGCUUGCUAGCUACCAAUUUCUGGUUUAGCAAAGCAGCUACAUUGCUUACUAACGUUACAAUGUGUUUGGAAAUUGUCGUUCAGUAUUCAUGCAUCCCAAAGGACAUUUGAAACGAACUCUUCUACCAAGCUAUAGCUGGCAGCGGCAAUAGCUAGUUGUUAGCUAGCUAGCUCGCUUGCUAGCAUUAGCUUUGUUUUCAGCAAUCACACCCAUUGACCCAGUGAGUGUAGGACGCUGGCCAACUUGCUGUGGCUAGCUAGCUUACCGUUACAAAUAUGCCUUGUACUUGUGGGAACUGGAGGAGAUGGAUUCGGCCUCUGGUCGUUCUUCUAUACUUUCUGGUUGUGCUUGUCGUCCUACUACCCCUGUGCAUCUGGGAACUACAGAAAUCAGAGGUCAGUUAGUUUCAUUUGCAGCCCAAUCAUAUAUCGUUACUUGACACUGAAUAGCCUAGUCCAUGCUUUGUUGUUUGGAUGUUGAUUAUAUACAUUUAUACCUUUCAGGUUGGUACCCAUAACAAAGCAUGGUUCAUAGCUGGGAUAUUCGUGUUCAUGACCAUACCCAUAUCACUAUGGGGGAUCCUGCAGCAUCUUGUGAACUAUACUCAACCAGAGCUACAGAAGCCAAUUAUCAGGUAAGUGAUAGGCUACUCUGUCACAGCUACAGGAUAUUAUUACUUCAUUACCAUCAUGGGUUUGUGUCUUUAUCCUGAAUGAUGUACAGUAUAACCUAACUGAUUGUGAAUGUGCAUGAUUUCGUCUUCUUUUUAUGACAGAAUAUUAUGGAUGGUCCCCAUUUACAGUUUGGACAGUGUAAGUAAUACCUUCUAUUCUUGGUAAUGUAGCUAGAUGUUCAUAAAAGUCAGCAUUGGUUUAUUGUUAAAUUACACGUUUGACAAAAGAAGUUAACAGAAGAAGUCACUGUAGCUUUGACAUUAGUAAAACUGAAAAGCGCCUGACAUGAGCGUGGCGCUUCAAUUUGAAUUGGUUUCGCAAUGGCAAUUAGCAUCUAACUGCUACUCUCAACGUUCCCCCUAUCACAAGAUUUCCAUUAUCCUACUUCCCAAAGAAUGAAUACAGAUCUCCUUUAGAAAAACAAAACAGAGAAACAAAAAAAAAUGCCUCACUCCCUGACUGACUUUUCAGAGUAAAAUGUUUCAAUAGUUUAAACUAUUAUCAUGCAACAUAUCAUUGAGAUAAUGUAAUGACCCAUCUAUAAUCCCAUUCCUCGCCUCCUCAUCUUCUCCCACCCUCUCCCUUUCUCUCUCACACAGUGGAUUGCGCUGAAGUACCCCAGCAUUGCCAUCUACGUGGACACGUGCAGGGAGUGCUACGAGGCUUACGUCAUCUACAACUUCAUGAUCUUCCUGCUCAACUACCUGGGAAACCAGGUACACAUUUAUGUCAUGACCUGACUGAGAAUGAUCCCAGACCAGUUUGUUCUAACAUUCCAAUCAUGGCCACUCAUAAGUCAUAUGCCAAACAUAAGUCUAGCACAAACACGUCUGGAUCCCAGGCUAGACUGAGUAGCCUACAUUUAUUUCAAUAUCCUCACACUCUGUAAUUCCUCUCUUCUCUUUCUCGCUCCCUCUCUAUCUCCCACUCUUUCGCUCUCAACCAUGGGUAACCAGUACCCCAGCCUGGUACUGAUGAUGGAGGUGCAGGAGCAGCAGAAACACCUUCCUCCCCUCUGCUGCUGCCCGCCAUGGCCCAUGGGAGAGUGAGUUUGUUGCUUUUAUAGUUUUUGUAGUUCUUUAAGUGUAUGUGUGCUAUAAUGAACAACCAUAGGGCUAGUUAGAGGAUGCAACAUUGUAUCUGGCCCGUUAUGGUGUCUGAGAGCAUGGGCAGUGCAUUGAGGCCAUCUCCAUUUUGAAGUAGUGCAUUUUCUUCUAUUACUUCUAUAAGUUGGUAAACAAAAUUCAAAUGGUCAUACUGCCACCUGGAAUAUGUUGUUUGAACAGGGAUAAAGCCAAGGUUGGCGAAUUUACUGCAAUCUGUGGUUAUGAAAUGUUUGAUCACUUAUCAUUCAUUGGGUGAUACCUCCUUAUGACCUGGAUGGAAUUAUGUGAUCCAUCCUUAAACCAUAGGAAGUCCCUCCCAGUUGACUACUUAAAAAAAGUCCUCAAUGGCGCUGCCCAUGCUAAAACUGGCUUUUGGGCACUAGAGUCCUCUAUCAAUCUGGCAUUAUUGCACAAACAACCAGGCUAAUAAGGAGCUACAAUAUUAUCCAUACCAUGUGUUAUAAGUUUUCAUUUUAGGAUGAAGGUGUAUGUUUUUGUGCAGCAAUAAACUACCACUUGUUUGUUUUACGUGUUAUGAAGGGAUAUUUUAGGAUUAUGUGCUAUAAUAAACAUUCAUGUUUUUAUACCACAUUGAUAUGUUUUAAGUAUACAUUUAUAUUUCAUUUUUAUAUAUUUCAGGCUCAUAAUCAAAACAGGAAGUUGUGCGUUAGUGGCUCCAGUCUGCGUGGCAUCUAUUUUGAGUCUAUUUCUAGAAUGUUUGGCUGCUUGAAGUCUCUCCAAGUCUCCAUUUGCUACUUGCCAGCUUCAAACGAUCUCCAGUCAGGCAACGAUAGUAAUAUGUAGCAUGUCUGCCUGUAGUUGAUUAAGAACAGAACCAGAAGUGUUUACAAGUGGAACAACGUGUUCUCAUUUAGGAAAAAUGCACCAACCUAAAGAACAGACAGACAGACAGCAUUAGGCUUAUCUGUUUUGUUUAUUCUGCAUUUUAACAAAUGCUGUGCAUCUGCGAGUUUAGCCACACGUAUUGAAACAUCUUUCUUCAUAGGAUGUUAUUGAUUUUAAGAAAUGGAAGAAAUUAAUGAAAAUCAAAGCUGGUGAUUAGAAAAUAUUUUAAUGCUAUUUUAUAGUGGGAAAAAGCUAACAUUUUGUCUGAAUAUCUUUCCUUAGUAAUGUAUACCAUGUUUUCCUAUUGCAGGGUAUUGCUAUUGAGAUGCAAGCUGGGAGUGUUGCAGUACACAGUUGUCAGACCAGUCACAACAGUUAUUGCCUUGUAAGUGUUUUGCAAAGGAUCUGCUAUUCCAUUCAGGAUGGACUCCUGUUAUAUGCCUAAGUGUUGAAUGUACAUGUGCCCAGGGAGACAGCAACAUUACCUUGGUCCAGGGCCAGCUCUGUCUCUCUUGACCUCGUGGUCGGCCAGUCCAAGCAGAUUAUUAUUUGUUCAGAUGGUGACAAAACAUAAAUAUGUACAAAAAGGAAAAAUACAAGCUAAAGAUUUUAAAAUAAGUCUCAUGGCCACCAAACCAACCAGCAGCCUUACGGCUCUUCAAGCUGCCACUCUGACUGAUAACCACAGUAAUUGGCAGCACCCGAUGUGCUUAUCAAGCAGGCUCAGCAUUUGGACAAGGUUGCUGCUGCCCCCUGGGGGACGGAGUGUGGAAGUGGUAGUGAGCUGUAGCGUGCGGUCUAAACUACCUAACCUAUUCCCUAACACUCACCACAUAUACGUUUACUGUCAUAUCAUAUGUCUCCAUUCACUAUCCUGUAGGAUAUGUCAGCUCUGUGGUGUGUAUGAUGAAGGUAACUUCAGCUCAACCAAUGCAUGGACGUACCUGGUGAUAUUCAACAAUAUGUCCCAGCUGGUAGGUUCUGUAUUUUCCACACUUGUCUUCACAUUGCUGUAAACUUCCUGUCACCAUACCACCACCACAAAGAUAACAUUAUUACAUAUUUAGCAUUCAGUUCAGUAUGUGAUCUCUUUCUCUCUCUAUCAUUCUUUCUAUAUUUCACUCUCUCUUUCUCUCUCUCUCCCAGUUUGCCAUGUACUGCUUGGUCCUGUUCUACAAGGCCCUAAGAGAGGAACUGGCCCCCAUCAGACCAGUGGGGAAGUUCCUGUGUGUCAAAAUGGUGGUGUUCGUCUCCUUCUGGUGAGUGCUUUUUUUUUUUGGUGGCCAUUUUGGAUCACCUGCAUCUACCUCCUAGCCUGGUUCCAGAUCUGUUUGUGAUGUCUUGCAAACUCCUGUGGUCAAUGUCAAGCCAUUGACAUAGCACAGGAUUCUUCAAUUCCGGUCCUGGAGGGCCAAAACACUUCUGUUUUUUAUUUCUACCUGGUAGUUAAUUGCACUCACCUGGUGUCCCAGGUCUGAAUUAGCCCCUGAUUAGAAGGAGAGGAUGAAAAACAGGUGUUUCGGCCCUCCAGGACCGGAAUUGAAGAACCCUGACAUAGCACAAACAGAUCUGGGACCAGGUUAUCGACCUCCAUGAUUAAUAACAUAUUUGUUUACCAGUCGUUGUGUCUGCCAUUCAUGGAUCUAGCAUUGUUAUCCAUUAAAGUAACACAGUUUUGGCUGCCCAUUUUAUAUUUCUUAUACAACUUAUUUUCAGAAUUGCAUGUGUAGGACUUAUUAAGAAAGUCUGUGUGGCUUAUAGUCAGUAAUUGGGUUAAUGCAUUCCCUGUGUUGGCUGCAGUGUAGAGGAUUGAAAAUUUCCACUCUGUUGUCUGGACUCUAUCUUAGGCAAGCUGCGUUCAUUGCUCUCCUGGUCAAGGUGGGAGUGAUCUCAGAGAGACACACGUGGGACUGGGACAGUGUGGAGGCUAUAGCUACAGGUCUACAGGUAAUGCAAGACAAUACCAACACUGUAUAACGCCAUAGUAACACUGUUACUACAAUGCUACAUAAAGCUGUAGUAAAUAAUGCAGUUGUAAAAUUACUUGUUUGGUAUAAGGUAAUAUCUGUUGAGACUUGUGGUCUCAGAACCCCCUAGAAAACGGGAUGAUUCAUCUCAAGGACUUCUAUCCUGUACACAUUUCUAAAUCAUUUAAAUAGAUGAGGAUUUAUUACAUACUAAAUACAACCGGUGUGAGAAUAAACUUGCUUUGCUAUACAGUCAAGCUUUCAUUUAUGCUUUAUCCAGGACUUCAUCAUCUGUGUGGAGAUGUUCCUGGCGGCCAUCGCCCACCACUUCAGCUUCACCUACAAGCCCUACAUCCAGGAGGCUGAGGAGGGAUCCUGCUUCGACUCCUUCCUGGCCAUGUGGGACGUCUCUGACGUCAGGGCUGACAUCUCUGAGCAAGUUCGCAACGUCGGUGAGUUCUCAUCCCAUCUAGCUUGAUUCAAUAGCUGUCAUGCAUAGCGACAAGCAUGGAUGGAAUCAAAGAAUCCGCUGUUAAGAACUUUGUUUGAAAAGGUUUAAUCUCAGAACCAAAUGUAUUGGCUAGCUACUCGAUUUAUGUUAAUAGAAUGUCAUGAGAGAAUAGAAAAGGGCCACUCUCAAAAUCUUAAAGACUUUGAUAGUUUUCCUCAUUAUGUAAAUGUAUUGCCAUUUUCUUCAAACACACUUUCUUUCCUGUAACAGGGAGAACGGUUAUGGGCCGCCCUAGGAAGACCUACUUCGGUGAGGCGGAGGACGACGGCGAGCGCUCAGGCUUGCUUUCUCCAGGAUCCCUGGACACCAUUGGUCCCACGGAGGCCUUGUCCAACCCGGCAUCCCCCAAGGGUCGGUACCAGGGCCUGGGUAAAACCCAAACGCCCCACUCCCUGUCGGCCCCCGCCGGGCUCAGCAAUGCUCAGUGGAUUGGAGAGGGGGAUGGAGAGGAGAGGGAAGACGAUGGUAGACCAGCCCCAGAGCCCAGAAACACCACCAACGAGCCAACAGACUCGGUUACAGACGACCUUGUCGUUAUCACCUAGCUUAGCGUCAUCGCUAAAAUCCUCCAAUGGAGACUCUGAAUGCACAUUAUACCAAACACAGUUGGGCAGGAACCAGGUAUGGCCUUGGCUACAUUUCCCUCCAGACGAUAUUUGACUAAUCCGCACGGCCGAAUUAAAGCAAGCGAUGAAAAAGCACACGUUAGUCAAGCAAUAUUGUAGUGAGUCAUUCGUCCACCGGGGCUGAUGCAGAUGGACCUCUGUCAAUGACAGCUCGAAGAAUGUUCAUAAGCUUUCGUAAGGGUCUCAUGAAACGAGAUAUUUAAUGUUUCUGUAUUGUACUACUGAGUGAUAAUGGUAAAGUACGGUACCUCAAUACCUUAUUUUAGGAUAACCCAGUCUUCAUUGUAAUGGGUCUGGACAAAAAGCCUGUGAGAGAUUUUACCAGUAUUCUUGUUCUAUAAUAGCGCCUGGGUGAUAUCACUACAAACUCAUUAAUCAUAUAUCCCAAGGGUUUUAGUUGUUGCUACGAAAACGUUAAAAGUAUAUGUAGCUUUUGAACUGAAACUUAUACAAAAUACUGGUUUACGCCAAUGAUUGGUUUAUUUACAUAAUUGGUUUGCACAUGCUUGAAUAUGGUCUUCGAACCUAUGGUACAUAUUUUUAAGCAUGAAGCUCUGUCUCACUUUGGCAUUAAUGCUAACAGCUGGGUAGUCUCUAUAGUCUUCUCAGAUGCCUUCUAUGUGAUGUGGUCCUAGUGUAUCCACUAUCAAGUAAUUCACACAUUUCACGUUUGCCUCUCAUUUGUACAUUUGUAAACUGAUGCUUACAUAGUCAUGGUUAUAGAUAUACAGUGGGGAGAACAAGUA